CCACAACCAGCCCGGCUCGAGUCUGAUACGAGCAUUUAUUAGCCGUCAGUCGUCGCGUUUGCUAUCACACCUUUUCUCCUCUCUCCGACCACUCCGUGAUUAAUUGGGCCGCGAAGCUCGUGAACCGAGAUAUAUCGUCUUCAGACAUUCGACUCGAUCCUUCAUUCAUUGCACCCACCAAAAACCACAACCCACACUAUCAAGCUGAUGGAGUUUGCUCUUAUCAACACACCAGUUGCUACAGUGUGUAACUAACACACGCCAGCGAACGCGUCAGUACGCGCUGAACCCUGGCAAGAUGUGGAUCGACGGACGAGUGACGACGCUCGGCUUGGCGCUCUGUGUGGUGCACAGUGUUGUGGUCGCUUCCGAGCAAGGUGUAGUGAUUAGCAAACCGUGGCAGAAUGGAAAAGCGGACGAUUUGCUGUAUCCACUAACGAUUAUCCAUCUGAACGAUUUUCACGCCCGCUUUGAGGAGACGAACACCGUCUCAACGCGCUGCAAGCCGGACGAGGGUGAACAAUGCAUCGGAGGCUACGCACGGGUAGUGGCUCGUGUGAAAGCCCUGCAGCAGGAGUACGCCGAUCGGAACCCUAUCUAUCUGAAUGCGGGCGAUAGCUUCCAGGGUACGAUCUGGUACACGCUCCUUCGGUGGAAUGUGACGGCACACUUUCUGAACCUGCUGCCGGCCGAUGCGAUGACACUCGGGAACCAUGAGUUUGACCAUGGUGUGGAGGGACUGGUGCCGUUUCUGGAAGCAAUCCAAAGUCCUAUGCUGGUCGCCAACAUUGACGAUCGCGAUGAGCCGUCGCUACGGGGGUUGUAUCAGAGGAGUGUGGUGCUUGAACGGGGUGGCCGUAAGAUUGGAGUUAUCGGCGUGAUACACCACGCCACGGACACGCUCAGCAUGACGGAUCGGGUCCACUUUCUGGACGAGGUGGAGUGCAUCAACCGGGAGGCGGAAUCACUGAAGCAGCUCGGUGUGGACAUUAUCGUGGUGCUGUCGCACUGUGGUUUUGCGAUCGAUCAGCACAUUGCGCAGGAGUGUCCCGAGGUGGACAUUGUCGUUGGAGGUCAUUCCCACACGCUACUACACACCGGCAAUGUGACCGAUUGGCCGGACGUGCCGGCUGGCGAGUAUCCGUUCGUAGUGGAGCAAGCUUCAGGUCGCCGGGUACUGAUCGUACAGGCAGGAUCGUUCACCAAGUACGUCGGCCAUCUGCUGGUGUACUUCGAUGAGAGCGGAGAAGCAGUACGCUGGGAAGGUAACACCGACUAUCUAAGUGGCCAGUUCCCGAAGGAUGAGGAAAUUGAACGAGCGCUUGUCCCUUGGCGCUUGCAGGUUGAUACGCUCGCUGUCCGUCCGGUUGGGAUUUCGAAAGUGUUCCUGUCCAAACCGGCCUGCCGGACAGGUGAGUGUAACUUUGGCAGCUUCGUCGCGGAUGCGUUCGUGGACUAUUACGUCGGGCGGGGAGAGACCGAGAACGAGUGGACAUACGCCGCCAUCGGGAUCACGAACGAUGGUGGACUGCGGACAUCGCUUAAUCCCGGCACGCUAACGUACGAAGAUCUGGUGACGGCUAUCCCGUACGAAAACACGGUCGACACGUUCGAGCUGCGCGGUCAGUAUCUGCUCGAUGCGCUGGAGUAUAGCGCAAGCCGGUACAACACGGCGGACGUGCUACAAUUCUCGGGACUGCGUGUUAUCUUCAACCUAACGCGACCGGCGUUCCAGCGCGUACAGCGGGUGGAUGUCCGUUGUCGGGUCUGUCGAAUUCCGCGCUACGAACCACUCGAUCCUGACGCUACCUAUCGGAUCGCAAUCGCUGCCUGGAUCGGAAGCGGUGGCAAUGGUUACGCGAUGUUCGGUCAGCAUCGGUCGAACGUGCGCGUCGGACCGCUGGAUAUUGACGUGUUCGAGCGUUACGUAGCGAAGAUGUCACCGAUUCUGCAGGGCACCGAUGGACGCAUGGUUUUCGUAACGUGAGAAGCUCUGCAGAGUUAAUUUUAAAUUGAAAAUAAAGUAAGGGACUUUCCAAAGACAGAA